GAAAACUCACUCAUCAGGAAAUGUAGCCUUUUCGCCCCGAAUCCGGGGAGACACGGUGACAGCAGCAUGCCGUCCGGGACUAGCGCUGCGGAGCAAAUGGACUUUGCGAGCUAAGUGUGUGGCCAGAUCAUGCAAUUUGGAGUCAGUCGUUCGGGGGUUGAACAGCGUGGGAUUACACCAGAGGUAAACACUGAAUUGGGAAAGUGUUGCAACUUGAAUGAAAGUGGAAUUGGCACUUUUUCAUUUGCAUAUUUUGCGUAAAUUUCACUUUGAAACGUACAUCCACGGCUUCUGACUAAGAUUUAUGAUAAGUUUGCCAAAACCAGCUGCCUCGUGUGGAAUGCCACGCAGGCAUAUCUACUGCACAGAAGUUAAAGUGAGGCUACUGUUACUGCACGGCACGUUCCGCUCAUGCAUUCGCUGAUCAUAACUCCAAAUAUUCAUUGUAGAAAGGACAACGCAACGAUACGCAAACGAUGAGGAUUAGAAAAUAUUUCCGAGGCAGCGGGAGGGUGCUCGCUUUCGUGUUCAUCGCGUCUGUCAUUUGGCUGCUCUUUGAUAUGGCAGCGCUGCGAAUUUCAAUUAAUGAUGUAAACACCCAGCUCUUGAAAGAGGUUAUUGUUAAGCAAAGAGAGGCAGUCAAACAGCAGGCCACUAAACGAACAAAUGUAGCAAACAGAGGAGGUUUCAAACAAGUUCAGAAAGUUGAUCUGGAUCUGGAAACUGAGGUAAAAAUUUCAGACGAAGGUGAUACGGGGAAUGACGAUGUCAUCAGAAAGCGAACAAGAGUGAACCCCGCUGUAAAGGACAUUAAAUUUAAUGAACACAUACAGUCUAAAGAAACCGGACAGUUGAGGUUAUGGGAUGGAAGUAAAGCGCUCGCAAAGUAUUUUGAGAGAGAAAUUGGUAAGAGUGAAGCAGCGAAGCCUCAGGCAAGCACAAGCACUACAGCACCCAGAAAAGUGGCAGCUAAAGUCACUGUCAGAAAAAAGAACGACAAUAUAGAUCAGCGCGUAAAGCAAGCAGAGGCAACCGUGCCAGUUUCUGAGGCAAGAAAAAAUGCAUCAGAAAACGCACCCAGGAAAGUGCCAGUGGAACUACCUAAUUUGACCAAAGCGCCACCUAGCGGAGUGGAAGAAAAACGGCACUUAACACAGGAACCAAAGAUAAAGCUUGAGCAUUCAGUUCAAAAGGCCAAUGAAAGUGUCGUGAAGAAGGCGUACAAGACUCAGAACAAAGUUGCUAAUAAUGUACAACCUGAAAAACAACACGCGCCUUCCAAAGAGAAAGCAGAAGCUGUGCACACUGUGAAGCCCAAGAAAAAUAACUUGGAAAGCAAUGUGAUAGUAGAAGGCAAGCAAAAAACUGCAACGAACCAGAGUGACCCUAACGGUGUGAAGCACCAAGCGCAUGCGAUGGAAAAACCCGUGGUCCCGCAGCAUGUGGUGAACAAACCGAACGACACAGUGACACGGAAACCGGGCGUGCACAAGGUGAUGCUGCUGGAUGUGACCCAGAAGCCGAGGGACCCCGCGGCGGUGGGGCAGUUUGGGCUGGCUGCCGUCGUGCCACGGGACAAAGAGGGAGAGAUGAGGAGCCGCUGGAACGAGGGCCACUUCAACGUCUACCUGAGCGAGCAGAUUCCGCUGGACCGGGCCAUCCCAGACACCAGGCCGCAGGCGUGUUCGGAAAACCUGGUGCAUGACGACCUGCCCACCACCUCUGUGAUCUUCUGCUUCGUGGACGAGGUGUGGUCCACACUGCUGAGGUCCGUCCACAGCGUUCUCAACCGGUCUCCACCACACCUUCUCAAAGAAAUUAUCCUGGUGGACGACUUCAGCACCAAAGAAUACCUCAAGGACAAUCUGGAUGUGUACAUGUCCCAGUUUCCCAAAGUCCGGAUCGUCCGGCUGAAGGAGAGGCAAGGCCUAAUUCGAGCCAGACUGGCAGGAGCGGCAGUUGCUACCGGUGAAGUUUUGACCUUCCUUGACUCGCACAUCGAGUGCAAUGUGGGCUGGCUGGAGCCACUGCUGGAGAGAGUUUACAUGGACAGGAGGAAAGUGGCGUGUCCCGUUAUUGAAGUCAUCAGCGACAAAGACAUGAGUUACGUGUUAGUUGACAACUUCCAACGAGGCAUAUUCAAAUGGCCCCUGGUUUUUGGAUGGAGCACUCUAUCUGAGGAAGUCAUCAAAAGGGAUAAAAUGAAGGAUUCUGACCCAAUCAGGUGUCCUGUCAUGGCUGGAGGCCUCUUCUCCAUAGACAGGAAGUACUUCUAUGAACUGGGGACCUAUGACCCUGGGCUUGAGGUCUGGGGUGGGGAAAACAUGGAAAUCUCCUUUAAGAUCUGGAUGUGUGGCGGGGAGAUCGAGAUCAUCCCCUGCUCCAGGGUGGGCCACAUCUUCCGCAGCGAGAACCCCUACAAGUUCCCCAAGGACCGCCAGCGCACGGUGGAGCGCAACCUGGCCCGCGUGGCCGAGGUCUGGCUGGACGAGUACAAGGACCUGUUCUAUGGCCACGGCUACCACCACCUGCUGGACAAGGGCGCCGUCGACAUCGGCAACCUGACCGAGCAGAUCUGGCUCCGCGAGAAGCUCCAGUGCAAGAGCUUCAGGUGGUACCUGGAGAACGUGUACCCCGACAUGAACGCCCCGCUCGUCAGGGCUGAGGGACUGAUAUUCAACCUCGGAACAAGAAAAUGCCUCACUCUGGAGAAAGGUGUCAUCUCUUUUGAUGUCUGUGAUCUCAACAAACAGAGUCAGCACUUCAACCACACCUGGAUGAGGAAUCUCCAGCAGCGUGGCUCCUGCAUCGGCAUACAGGGCCCCAGGGAGGGCGUGGCCAUCCAGCCAUGUGACAAUGCCAGUCCCCGCCUCCGCUGGCUCCACAAGUCUCUCAUCCUCAGCUCCUCUCUGGUGGAGCAUUUCAUUGCUGAGCACUUGGCACAACGCAAGUGCCUGGCAGCUGACCCCUAUGGUAAGGGCCUGCAUCUGAAUGAGUGUGACCCAGCCAGCCAGUUUCAGAAGUGGCACUUCACAAACUACUACACACCGUAACAAGGAGCACAGAGACAAGAGACUUGCUUCACAUGAGACUUGUGAACUUCGUUCUCCACUCUUCCCAACCCUUCAUUUGGAAAUGGGUUAGAUUAAUGCUGGUAUCAUUGUGAAUAUGCAUGGUGAUGGUGUAAUUUUUUUUGUGCGUGUGUUUGGGGGAGGUUGUCUGUUAUUUCUUAACAUUUUUUCCCAGACAUCUAUAGCUUUACUUUCUAGGACAUACUUUUAUUUUGAAUAUUGAAGAGCUGUUAUAAGCUCAAAGGGCUGUUUAUUCUAAAAAGUACCUGUCUGCUACUUUGGGUAGCAUUCGACUGUAUUAUGCACUUUGGAUUGAAAUGUAUGAUACACUACACCACAUAUCAGCAACACUUACAUUUGAGCUGUGGUUAUAGACAUGUUAAAGCUGUCUCUGCUGCUAAUACCUCAGAAUGGCACUCCACAGUCAUCCUGACCUACGUCCAAAUCCGCAACCUGCAAUCAGUGGAGAAUGGGCAAGCUCAGAUUUCCUUUCUCUGCUGUAACACAGGGUAUUGUGGCAAAGUCACAAUAACUUUUCCAUAGAUCUUUUUGCUUUAAAGUGGAUCAAAGUAUCAGACUCUCUUCUAGUUAAUAAGUCAUGUAAUCUGUUUUUUUCUCAUAUUUAUAAAAAGGGUUACAGUUGCAAGAGGACUCCUAACAUGGGAAACUCAGGCUUUUUCCAUAGAUCACUUACAUUCACACUCCUGGUUGCUUUUUGCUUAUCCAAAAUUCAGUAAGCAUUGAGAGUCAAAGUGCCUUUGCCAAAAUGUAGGAUAUAAGUACUUUUUGCUGUGAGUGGCAUUCAUAAAAUAUACCAAAGGUAUGCCAAGUGCAUGUGCCAAAUUUAGAGCAUUGUAUAGUAAUUCUAGAAAUUUCUGUGA